AUGACACUGUUCAAUACUCCUCUCCCAUCACCAACAUCAACCAUGGAUAUCAAGCAACGCUUUAGUUCAGACUUACCUCCAUCCGAACAACAACAACACUCCACACUCAACUCGUGUGCUUGGAGGUCCGUUGAGGAAGGAAAAGCAGAGAAGGAAAAUAGCCUUUCUCAUUAUAGUGAAGAUGAAGCUCGAUGUUGCUCUUCUAAUCAUAGCAGAAGUAGUAGUAGUACAACAAGUAGUAGUGGCCCAAUCGAAGAAGAUGAACUCUUCAGUGAAAUGCCAAAUUCUCCGCCAAUCACAUGGAAACAAAUUGAAUUUUUCUCUAAUAUAGAUAACCAUCCUCAUGUAAAUAAUUCCAAUAUUCCUAACAACAAGAUUAACGAAAAUGAUAGUAAUUUCAUGCCACUGCAUCCACACGAAAGUAUUCACGAUGAGUCAGACUACAAAAGUUCAUUACGAUAUUUAUUACGGACCUUCUUUCAAAGAAACAAUAUAAAAGGAGGCAUUUGGGUGACUUUAUGGUUUUUAUUGAAUCUAAUCGUGGCCUUUGGAAACAAGAUUGUUUUUUGGGGAGGAUUUGAAUUCCCUGUCAUUUUAUCAUUGAGCCACAUGGUCAUGUCUUGGAUUUUAUCUUCGUUGGCCAUUGAAUAUUACAAACGAAAAGCAGUGGAAAAGAGCGAAAUUGAAGAAUAUGAAAUCAGUCCCGAGGUGAAAAAGGAACUGUGGCUGUACAUUGGAAUAUUUAUUUUGAACAUCAUCUACGGGAACAUUAGUGUGUUUCGAACCUCGUUACACAUGUCACAGAUUGUUCGAAGUACGGUACCAAUAUUCGUUCUUGUACUGAGCUAUCUUUUCAUGGGAACGACGACCUCAAUAUACAAAGUACUCAUCGUUAUUACAGUAAUUAUUGGCGUGAUACUGACGGUAUUACACAAUGUUGAAAUCACCAUUUCUGAUCUGGUGGUCCUAUUAAUAGGCAACUUAUUUGCCGCAUUGAAGACGACAUUAACAAACAAGUCUCUCAAAAGCUACAAAAUUCAUCCAUUGGUUCUUAUCAAAUUUGUUGCUCCAUUCGCCUCUUUAGGAAUGUUAUGCAUUGCAUUAUUCAAUGGAGAAGUUUGGUCAUUAUCGAAACGAUACCAUCAAGUAGAAUGGUGGAAAGGUUAUGGGUUUGUGUUCAUCACUUCAGUACUUUCCUUCUUCCUCAACACUACCAAUUUUGUAGCAAAUAAGACAACGAGUCCUCUCACCAUGAGCUUGACAGCCAAUUUGAAACAAGUAUUGAUUGUGGUGGUGAGUUUGACCUUCAUGCAUGAAGAAAGUAUUACUCUGUUGAAUAUUUGUGGUGUGGCAAUCACCUUAUCAGGAAUGUUCCUCUAUUCUGUUCUCUCUGUGUAG